UUUAGAAUUACUUCCCAACUCCCCAACCCAAUUAUAAAAUUAAAAAAAACAUUAAAUUCGACUCCAGAAAAAGUCUACUUCCUCUGCAUCUCAAGCUCGCAGCUUUUUUCACUCCUCCGCCACUUCACACUUCGCUAUUCGAGAAACGAGAACAUGGGUUGUGUUUCUUCCAAUCUCUUCAACCACGACGACGAGUUCUCCCAACUCGGCAGCUCCGCGCUCAGCCACCACAUCGUCUCGCUCACUUCCUCCACCUACGGCCUUCUCACUCUGGACCCGCCGCCGCCUGCGCCCACCACUCCGCCGACCCCUCCUCCUCGAUUCACUCUCGGGUCCAUUUUUCCGAGCCCCCUGUCGGAGCCCAAGUCGCUCUGGUCCGAACCCAGGUCGCUAUGGUCCGACCCUAGGCCGCUACGGUCCGACCCGGAAGUCAUUAACUCAUGGGAGCUUAUGGCCGGCCUCGACGCUGAUAGUUUCCGAUUCUCGCCGCUCCCGCCGCCCAAACCCUUCGUUUUCAAUGACCCAAAAAACCCCGAUAAAGAAAACUCCAACCCGAAUCGGGUAAUUUUCAAAUCUCCGUACGACGGCGUCUUCCGGGUCAACAACAAGAAGGACCCACUUGACCGGUUCGAAAAAAUAUGCCCACCGGGAGGAGAAAGCAAAGUGGUGGUCUACACUACGACGCUGCGAGGAGUGCGGCGGACUUUCGAGGAGUGUAACGCCGUCCGGGCGGCGAUAGAAGGCCUCGGGGUGAUGAUUGUCGAGCGUGACGUGUCGAUGGAUCGCGGGUUCAGAGAAGAGUUGAACGAUUUGAUGAAGGGGAAAGGGAAGGACGUGGCGGUGCCGCCUCAGGUGUUUGUGAAGGGGAGAUAUAUAGGCGGCGCUGAGGAGGUGUUGAAGAUUUUGGAGGAGGGUUUGCUGGUUGAGAUUCUUGCUGGGUGUCCAAAGAAAAAAGCUGGGUCUGUGUGUGAAGGGUGUGGGGAGGCAAGGUUCUUGCCCUGCUUCCAAUGCAAUGGGAGCUCAAAGAUGGUGCUGGUGGUGAAGGAUGACGUGGCCGGGCAGCGGCAGGGGACGACGGUGGUGGUGAAGUGUCCUGAGUGUAAUGAGAAUGGGUUGGUGCUUUGCCCAAUUUGUAGCUGAAUGGUGAAGAACAAGAGAUGCAAAGAUCUCUGUUUUCGUGUCAAAAUUGGGUUUUUGUAAGCACUUUCUCUCUUAAUUUUGGGGCUUUUUUUGUGUUUCUGAUGGAAACCAAAGGCUUCUAAUUCUGUACUGUACUCUCUUGUUUUUGUCUGUUGAUAGUUAUAUAUAUCUAUGUUUUUGAUUUGCAAAGA